AAUUCAUAGGUUAUCACAGUUCGUAAUUUUAUUAUAUUUUGUUUUCUUUUAUACAAAUUUUUUGUGAAAAUACAGAAAAGUUGUUGAUAAAAGUAAUUAUUAAAUAAAUCUACUUUAAGUAUAGAAAAAAAAGUGAAUGAAAAUUAUAUGUGCAAUUUACACGAAUUUUUUUUAGGGGAACAAUUUAUUUUUUUUAAAGGAAAAAAAAAAAUUCGCAAAUACGCGCGCGUAUUUUACGAUGAUGUCAUCGCAAAACUUCCGAAGUGGAUUUCAGUAAAUUUUAUUUGUUUCCCUUUUUUAUUGUGUAGAAACUGUGUUAUAUAUAGAAAAAAUAUACAUGUAAACAUUUAUUUACUAUAUAUACAUAUAUAUUCAUUAUACGAUUAACGGAAUAUAACAGGAAUUUUGUAAAUUAUUUCCUGCCUUUUUAUCAGUAGUUUAUAAAUUUCCCAAAAUGACAGAAGAGGAAAAAGAAAAGGAACUCGUGAAAAUAGCAGAGGAAAGUUCCCUUUGUGGAGGCGAUGAACGAUCUGAUAAGGAAACAGUGGAACCUCGUUUUGAAUGUCCAAUUUGCAUAAGUUGGCUAAAAGAUCCAGUAUUAACAUCAUGCGGUCAUAGAUUUUGUUCCGAUUGCAUCAAUACUUGGCUCAAAAAACGAGGUUCAAGUUGUCCAGUCGAUAGUAAACAUUUAAAUCCAGAUGUCGAUUUAUUUAAGGAUCUUUUUACAAAAAGAGAAAUUGCACAACAACGAACACAUUGUCUUUAUCGUGAAUAUGGUUGUCACAUUGAAAUUUCGCCAAUUGAUUUGGAAAAUCAUUUAAAUGAAUGUUCAUAUAAAAAGCAUGCUAUUGAAUCACAGGAAAAUUGUCCAUUCAAAGAUAUUGGAUGUCGGGAAAUAUUUAAAUCAACCGAUACAUUGAAACAUCAUUUAGAAGAGGGAAUGAAUUCUCACAUGACGAUGAUUGCAACUUCUUUAUCUCAUUUAACAUUAAAAUCAAAUAUCGAUGCAAAAGCAGCCGAAGCAAAAUAUUGGGAUCCACCGUCAAAAGAAGAAACUGAAUCUCAACCUAUUAUUCAUGAAUUAUGCGAGAAAGUUGUAAUGUUGGAACAAAAAAAUCGUGAAUUAACAUUUGCAUUGGAAAAUUUACAAUCAUCAAUUAUUGAACGCACUUGUAAUGGUUCAUAUAUUUGGAAAUUGGAAUUAUUUCAUGAGAAAUUAAAUAAUAUGAUGGAAAAUCGAAUGAAUAUGUUUUUUAGUCCAUCAUUUUAUACAAGUACAAUGGGCUAUAAAGUUUGUGCAAGAAUUAAUGUAUCGCAUAAUAAUUCUGAUUUUUUAUCAUUGGUAUUGCAUCUUGUUAAAUCGGAAAAUGAUGAUACACUUGAUUGGCCAUUUGAAGGAUGGAUAUCAUUUUUACUUGUAAAUCCUGAUGAUACGCGUAAAAAUAUUUUAGAAACAGCUAAAACACAAUCAAAUCUUGAGGCAUUUAAAAAACCAAUUUAUAAUAUUAAUCGACGUAGUUAUGGUUUUACUGAAUUUAUAUUAAUUAAAUAUUUAGAGAGUUUUGUGAAAAAUGACACUGUUAUUAUACGAAUUGAUGUGAAAACUGUGAAUCGUUUAGAUAAAGAAAUAUGUGGUGAUUCAUUGCUCACUGAGGAAACAUUUCAAAUUCAUACUGAAGUUUAAUUUUUUUAUAACAAUGUGAUAUUUUUUUUUUUUUAUCUGUAAAUAUUCUCAGGAAAUUUUCACGGGGGGGGGGGAGGAGAAAGAAAGGCGACUUUUUUUUAGUCCCUUGAGAUUAUGUUUUAAUAAAUUGUAAUUUUUCUGUUUCAA